AUGAAGCACGUUGCGGUUCUCGGCGCUGGACUGUCUGGCUUGUCCUCUGCUUUUCACCUUUCUCGCUUGCACCCGAAUGUCAGAAUCACAGUUCUAGAGAGUCAAAAGCGUGCUGGUGGAUGGGUACGGAGUACGCGAGUCUCACUCCCAGAAAACUAUGGCUCGGUUCUGCUUGAAGCGGGACCAAGGACAUUGCGCCCCAACGCCCAAUCUGUGCUCGAAUUGGUUAAUCUAUUAGGACUGAAAGAACAGCUUAUAACAGUUCCAAAAACCUCGCCAGCUGCAAAAUCCCGCUACCUAUACAUUCCUCCAGACCAUGGAACGUCGUACUCUGGAUUACAGCAAAUCCCAUCGUCAUUCUUCUCAUUCGUCAAAUCCCCACUCUCUUCGACUCUAGUAGCUGCCGUCGCUCAAGAAGCACUGAAGCUGAACAACAGAGCAAAGGGUGUCGAGGAUGAAAGCGUAGAUUCCUUCCUUCGCCGGCGCUUUGGGUCUAGAUUCGCGGAGACUUUUGGAAGUGCAAUCAUCCACGGAAUUUACGCUGCGGAUUCGCGAAACAUCAGCGUUAGGGCGGCGCUCCCGUCGAUGUGGGAUGCAGAAGCUCGUGGAUGGGGUAGCUUGGUUCGGGGGAUGUUCAUGUCUGUGAAGAAGCCUCAAGGUCAGGCGUAUGACGCUGGGAACGUUCCCCAAUUGAUGGAUGGGGUUUCUGUCUAUUCCUUCAGAGAUGGGAUGGAAACUCUAACGAGAGCGCUGGACAGUCACAUUCGAAUGCGACCAAACGUACAGAUAUCAUACAAUGCACCGGUCACUUCUCUCGCAUCCACUGAGGACGGGUUCGCGAUAACUGUCGAAGGAGGUCGGACUGUGGAAGCAUCACACGUCGUAUCUGCCCUUCCUACACCCAUUCUUCACUCCAUCCUGUCCCCCACUCUAGCAACCACAGAAGUCAAUAAAGUUGGAUCCUUAACAGCGAAUUCCACCUCCUCAGUCCACGUCGUCAAUAUCGUAUUCCCCGGCCCACCUUGCUCAAUUCAUCCUGCAGGAUUCGGGUACCUCAUCCCUCGCCCCCCGACAGGUUAUCCCUCCACCUCUCCCGAACCAACCAACCUUGGGAUUCUGGGUACAGUUUUCGACUCUUGCUCCCUCGCAGAUCAAGACACCGAAGCCCGUAACCCGCACGCAUACCAUACCGCCAAAUUCACCAAACUCACGGUGAUGAUAGGCGGCCCAUAUCCUCUGCCCCAACUUCCUCCAUACUUGUCAUCAACCGAAGUACCCCAAGGGGUCGACCGCAAGACUAACAGUCUACCACAAUACAUGCAAACCGUUCUCGAACAACUCGCAGCACAUCUAGGGCACUGGCUUCCAACACCGCUUUACUGGCGUAUCGUACCGAACGAGAACUGCAUCCCGACGCUAUCGCCCGGUCACCUAGAACGCGUAGACGAACUCCAAGGAUACCUCGACGAGCGACUGGGUGGACGGUUACAGGUCGUAGGUGCCGGUAUUGGAGGGGUUAGUUUGGGUGACUGUGUUGAGGCAGGGAGGACCGUUGCACGCAGGCUUCAUUUCCAAUGA